AUGCGUUAUGCGACCGCAAGGAGCUGUGGGAGAAAAGUCCCGGGGUUCCCAGCGAGCAAACGACGCAAGGCCUGGCUACUCGGUCGACAGGGGCUGAGAUUAUAUUGCCAGAAAAUGGUUUGUUUCCACACAAUUUUGCGCAUUUUUGGUGGAUUUUCUCGUCCCUAAUGUUAUAUGGAUGUAGGUUAAUUAUUUUCCUUUGCUUUUGUAUCCAGGGAGGGGUAAAAAAGUUUGAUUAUCCGAAGUAUGUGUGGUCACCGACCGGUGGAUGGUGGUGCAAUCCGCGCAACUGGAAAAGAAAUACAGCCAUCUGUUUUGCUGUCGUUCUUGGAUUGCAGAUUCCAGUUGCAUUGCUUAGUUGGUCAAGAGAGGUAAAACUGUAUUAAAUUUUUAACCUUUUGGUUUUAGAAAACAGUUUAUUUUAACCACAGUGCUCAUUAACAUCCAUGGCUUACUUGGAGACACUGAUUAAUAGUUAUUAUAAUAUUGCUGGUAACGGACAUGGUUCAUGCAUCAGCUGAGGGUUCAGCUUCUCUUUCUCUCCAUUACACACAUAUAUCUUUUGUUCGGUGUUUUUCUUUUUCCGUCAGAGACGUUAUGUGCCACCGUACAGACACAUUCCAUCACAACGUUUUGCAAGAUAUGCGAAGGUAGGUGCUGAAAACUCUUUGGCUAACUUUUAACUUACAACUACAGUUUUCUUUCUGUGUUUCAAAUUAACCCUUUAACUCCCAUAAGUGACCAAGACAGAAUUUCUCCUUACAGUAUCAAUGCAAUAUCAACCAGAUAAGUGAUGAGAACAAAGAAAAAUAUCAAUUUGGGGGUUAAUCAGUUGAUCCAAUACUAAAUUCUCUGAACUAACAUUGUAAGAAUUGUGUAGUUCAUAGUAAGGAGAAUUACAAAUUUGAUCUGGGAGUUAAGGGGUUAAGUGGAAAAUAUGCCUAGUCAACUGUUACACUAGCACAGAUAUUUUAAAUCCUUGCUUGAUCUGUUUUGUAGGAAGAUGAUCCAAGUCUACCAGAUAACUAUCAGUGGAUCAACUGGUCAAAAUAAACGACUCUAUUACUUUUUUUGUUUGUUUUGUUUAUAGAAUGUACAAUAAAUUGUCUUAACAUACAAAACUGUGAGCAUCUGGCGAUAUCUUGUUUCUUGCAAAUAGAAUUGCCUUGAUAUCCCCAAGAUAAACAUAUUUCUCACCUGGGGUUUAUAGAGUUUAAGAAUUCUAGUGCUAGAUUGAUCCAUUUUCUUUCUUGUAAUUUGUCGUAGAAAGGUGCAAGUCUUCUCCUGAGUUUAUUGUCAAGACUGGGAUAAGGGAUGAAAUUGUUGAGUAGUAAUCAUUUAUGUUCAGUUUGUUUUAAAAAAAAAUCAUGACUUUGAAUUAAACUUAUUUUGACACAACUUUCUCUCAGACAGCCUUUUUGUGUAACUAACUUGACUGCAAACUAAAUUUCUAGUUAAGUGUGUGAUACCUUCCCCUCCCUUCUUUUCUCCUUGCCCCUUAUUCCUGCUCUUGCCCCCCCCCCAUCCCUCAUACCAACUUUUUCCGUUUACAUCAAUUUUUAAGGUGUAAUUGUUUCUUCAGGGGAGGUGAAGUUUAUUGUUUCAGAGAGGCCAGGUUACCUGGGAACAUCACGUCUGCUGAGGACCUCAGAUAAAUGAUGUGUUCUUUUGAAAUCACGGAUCAUUAUCAGUAUUUGGGCAACUGCCCACCUACCCCUCCCCUAACUCAUUAGUGUUAAUGUUGGGUUAAGGGAGGGGUAGGUGGGCAGUUGCCCAGAUACUGAUAUUGAUCCGAAAUCACUUUCCGUGCAGUUCCAGUUAACAUGACAAUAUCGAUUCAAUACUUGAGUGCGAGCACUAAACACGUUUUGCUUUGUUCCGAUACGUUCUCGUAAUUUUAAGUUUCUGUUUACCUUAGAAGGGAUUGUUUAGAUGGAUUCAAGAUGUGAUCACGAACAUCUGCGUGCUUCUGUUUCAAGUAAAAAAAUCAACUGACGUAUGCAAGAGAGAAGAGAACGAGUAA